GACCAGUCCCCGUUUACAGCAGAGAAGAAGAAAUGGCUGCAAGGUUACUGCUCCGCUGGGCCUUCAGAGCGACGACCUGCCGGGCGGCCCCGGUACCCGUGUUGACCCGCGGCAUGGCGGCUGGAGGGAUUCCUACUGAUGAGGAACAAGCUACCGGUCUGGAGAAGGUCAUCAUGAAGGCCAUGAAGGAGGGAUCGGAUCCCUACAACAUGAUGAAACCGAAGGAGUACGCCGGCUCCAAGGCCGACCCCCACCUGGUUCCCUCCAUCACGAACAAGAGGAUUGUGGGAUGUGUCUGUGAGGAAGACAACACAGCCGUGGUGUGGUUCUGGCUCCAGGAGGGCGAGGCCCAGCGCUGCCCGUCCUGUGGUUCCCACUACAAACUGGUGGCCCACGAGCUCCCCCACUAACUUCUGAUAGAACUGUGUUCCACAGCUGUUUGUCUGCACAGUGUUCUCUUCUGUCAGAUAUUCCUCCAUCAGAACGAGGAGAAGAAACAUCUUCUGUCUGUAGUAGGUUACUUCCUGGAGCCGUGAGUCCUCAUCUGAUUGGUCCUCGUUCUGUCCCAGUACUUGAUGGACCUGCUGACCUCAUCAGUCUUUGCUUUACAUGUUAUCAGUUACACAGGGACCACAUGUGGUUUCUUUGAACCAUUUCCAUUCAGUUUACUUUGACUCCUGUCCUGUACGACACACUCGGUCCUCUUACCUCCUUUUAUUCUUCCAAUAAAGUCCUCCAGUGUUUGUCGGCUGUGGAUGUACUUUACUCUCUUCUUCGUUGGUGUUCUACAUCCAUCCGAGAUCUCCUGUUUAUAAACUUCAGAGCUUUUAUUCUGAAGUUUGAGAGUAAAAGUUGUGACGGCCCAGGGCCUCUGCCAGGGAGUGUCUAUCUUUCAGUGUCCCUGGAUCAUUAGAGGGACAUCAGGAAGAUUGGAGGCAUGGGCCAUGGCCUUCGCCCUACAAGACCCGCCCCAUCCGGAGGAAGUGGUGGCUUUUUCCCCCCUCACACCUGGUGUGCGGCAAGGAGCGUCUGGCAGCAGUGGAACCUUCUGGUACUCACGAUGAGAAUGCUGUUUUUCUGUUGCACACUUAAAGUCCUGGCCUUUGUUCAUUAAAAGUAUUUAUUUGUUUA